GGGAGCAGGGCAAGGCUGUCUUUUCCCUGGUCGGCCAGGCCGCCGAGGCGGGGGCGGCGCUGCGGCCGGGCGGGCCGAUCGGCUCGGAGGAUCUUGGCCGACGUGCGCUCGGGCGCGCGUGCCGCUUCCUCGAGGAGCUGCUGGCACUGCCGGCCCACCAGGCCGAGGCAGACUCUCCCGUGGCUCACUUCACGCCGACCCCGCCGGGCGGGCCCGCCGCCCCCGGGCGCAUGGGCCUCGGCCUGCACCUGGACACCAACCACCGGCCCAUGCGGUGCGCCACGGGCAUCCUGUACCUGACCACGCUGGCCCCGUCGGGGGACGGGGCCACGGUCUUCCCCUGCGCGGAGCCCUGCGGGCCCUGCGGGAGCCCGGCCUCCGGUGGCGCGGGCGCGGGCGCGGCCGCUGCCAGCGAGCGGGCCGCGCGCGCGCUCGCGCAGCGGCCGUGGCGCGGCCCGUGCGCCAGUGGCGGCGGGGCCGCUGGCGCACUGGGGCCGCCCUUCCAGCACACCGGGCCGGCCCUGCAGCGCGAGGGGUCCUCGGCGGCGGCCGCCGCCGAGCUGCUCGCGGCCGCGGAGGGGCGCAGGGGCCUGAGCUCGGCUGCGCGCAGGAGGGGCCCCCCGGCUCAGAGGAGGGCGACUUUGCGGCCGGCGGCGGUGGUGCAGCCCCGGGGUGCUCUCCGGCGGCUGCGCCUCGCCGGCAGCGUUCCGGGGGGUGCCGGAAUGGCCCCAGACGGCCGCCGGAGGCCCGAGUUACGGUCAGCCCGCGUG